AGAUGAUCUUUAGUGGCAUUCUAUUUCAUGUUAAAGGAGAUCAAUUCCUUUCUCUAGAAUCACUAGCCAAUAAAAAGUUGUUGGUAUUAUAAAAGCAUGCAGUACAUUAAUUUUUAAUGACUGUGUUAUAUUUCCUUAAAAAGACCACUUAUUUAAAGUAACGACAGAAAAGUAAAAUAAAGUAUUAUUUGUUAUACUAUUUUAGAGAACAAAAUACAGGAAAAGAGACAGCGUUCUCUUGCGAGGGAUCCUUGUGCGAGCUCUCCUCUUAGGAUUUUCUUCUACUGUUUUAACGAACAGAAAUAAGAGGGGGGAACAUAGCCCUCUUGUGAUUGUCUACUACAGUCCUUCAUUAAAUCUGUUCUCUCUUCUAUCAUUUUCUUCUAAUUUGGGGUUUUCUCUUCUUUUUUCUGCAUGCACACCAAGUGCUGGAAAAUAGGCAUGAAAGAACUUCUUAACACUUCAAUCAGUCCACCCGACUCAUUCUCUGGAUCUCAACUUCCUACAAGUCAUUUUAUUUUUGGUCUGUCUACGGUUGAGUCUUGGUUCUCUGUUCGAUCCCCUGCUUUAUUGCACGUGCUUUAUGGUUUUCUACUAGCUCACACUUAGCACAUAAUGAUUUGCCUGAAUGGUUCCCCUUUCACGAAGCUCUCUCAGUUGAUUUGUUUUCCUUUAAUGCUCAUUUAUAUGCUGAUUUUUGCAUUUGAGCUUUAUGAUGGAUGGUUUUCUUAAACAAAUAUCAAAUGCAUAUUGGUCUCUGCUGCUCAUUUUUUUUACAUGAGAUUUCUUGCUUGAACUGCUCUAUGAUAUAGAGUUUAUAGGUUUACUUUCUGGACCGACUUAGCUGUUUCCUUCAUCUUGGUUGUUUUACCUUGGCUUUCGGUUUUCCUUCUCUCUUGACUAGCAUUCCUUUCAUGGAGUUGCCAAGGUUUGGGAAAAUUUUUGGCUAAUCGUGCAGUCAAGAACCUUUUCCAUCACCAGCUUCCCUUAGUCUAAUUCCUCUAGAAAAUGAAGCAAAAAAGAAUUUUGUUAAACUCUAACUUAUACGAAUCCCUAAAAACCCUCCUUGAAAAUCUUAGACUAACUAUCCAUAUGACAUGCGAGCUUACUCAUUAGUUAGUAUCACAUGAGAUUACAACGUCAGAGCAAGACAAUUUAAGACACAAGGAAGACGACACAUGACAUAUUUCAAUGCUACCUACCUAUGCUAGCAGUUGCUCAUUUGGUAUUAGAGUAUGUUGUAAUAGAUUCCGUUAAUUAGCUAGGAUGGUUAGUAGUAGUUUACUUUUACUUGUAUGUGUAUAAAUUCACCUCUCAAGUUCCCAAUCAAUCAAGCAAUUAUCUCAAGGUUAAUCAUAAGAAAUUAGUGUCGCUAAUAGUUGGGCUGAUUUUCGCUGUCCUCCAUGGCUGCCACUCCACCCAAAGUAUCUGCAAAUAUAAUUUCCACGAAGACUUCUGCUCAUGUCCCUAGCUCUUCCUCACCUUGUUUUCCUGAAGGCGAUAGACACUAUCGUGUUGUUCAAUCAUUCCCUCUCCAUGAAACAAUAAAACUUAGAGAAGAUGUGUUUGUUCAACGAAAACAUCAGUUAAGGUUGAUUAUUGAUUGUUAUGGACUUACUGACUACGUCAAUGGCACUCUUCUAACUCCAUCCCGAUUUGUGCCGGAUUAAGAAGGGAUGUUAGUUUCUAAACCUGAUUUUGUCUUUCCAUCAACAAGAUAAACUUCUUGCCUUUUGGCUAUUAUCCCUAAUCAGUGGUGAUAUUUUGUCCUAUUUUACAGAUGCUAAUACCGCUCAGAGAGUAUGGAGCAAAGCCACUCGCCAAUUUGUCGCUGCCUCCGAACCUCUCUAGAUGGAUCGACUUGUUGACGUGUUGUUGGAAUGUGAAAACCAAUAAAAGAAGUUUGUUUCGGAAACGACUCUUCAGGCCAAUAUGGUUCAUCCCCUUCCGUCGACUCCUCUAUCCAUGGCUGGCUCUCCCUCGCUUACAACUCUUUUUUUCAUGCCUAACUCUCGUUUGCUUAGGUCUUUCUCACACGGUGGUCAAGGGUCUUACCGUGGUCGUAGUCGGGCAAUGUCAAAUUUAUGGGCAUCUUGGCAACCUUUCCGAACGUUGCUAUUAUUGGUUUGACCGGUGGUUUGAUGGACCUCUAGUGGUGACUGGGGCAUCAUUUUCUUCUUCGCUCCGUGAAGGGGUUUCACUGGCUGCACUGAACCCUAGUUUUGCUUAUGAGUCUUUAGCAUAUACUCACCCUUCUUAUGGUUCUGUCUCAAAUGGACAUUUUUCUGGCACACUGUCUCACCUAAGCCCCAUGGCCCAAGUUAAUCAAGUAUCGUAUCUGCCAAGGUCGAAUGGUUCGUUGUAUGUGUCUCCCGCAAUGAUUGGGCCUGAUACUUCCCUUUGUAGGCCUGUAAGUUGGUCACAUCUCUGGACAGGAGCAAGUGGCUAAUAUUUUGACCAAACCGUUGUCAGCAGGGUUAUUUGACAAAUUCAGAAGAAAAUUUAGAGUAAUUUCCAUUAAAAAAGAUGCUGUACAGAAAUAAGAAAAAGUCUCUUACAGGAACUGAGAAAGUCAAAAUGCAUGGGUCAUGUUAGGAAUAAGAAAGUUGUUAGAUAAAGAGGUUAGUUGCUAGGCAGUUAAUAUGCAGUUAAUAACUGUUGCUAAUGUACUGCUCA